AUGGAUGGCCAACUGCGCUUGCCCGGCUUGCCCUUGGCCGGUGGUGGUGCCAGUGCCAGUUCCUCUUCGAAGGAGCCGCCGCCUGACGAGCCAGAUGCCAGCAUCGAUGAUUUGUUAAAGCUCAUCGAAGAUGGCCCUGGCGCCAGGGACCAAGAUGUGGAUGAACUUCUGCAAUCCUUGCAGCCCAAGGAAGGUAGCCCCUUCUUGCAUCCCACACCUGCACCUGUGGCGGGCCCAAGUGGGCGGCGCAGACCACACGUCGUGACCAUACAAACGGGAUGCCUGCAGCAGGGUGGUGACGGGAGCGAAGACAACAUCCAAGUGGUUAUGGAUGACCUUUGGCCCAACAAAAUGGUGCAAGAUGACAGCGCAGGCGGUGCAGGUGCAGAUGCAGCAGAUUCUGGAGAUGCAGAUGAGGAGGUGGACGCGGAUAUGGAGGACAUGAUUUGCUUUGACCAAGAGAGUGCUUGGAGCAUUCCUUUGGUGCUCUCGAAGCACAAUUUCCUGGAGAGCAUCUUCGGGGCCUUCCUGAUGAUCAUGAAUGCCACCAUGCAGGUCUUGUUCACAGUCAUCAUCAUGUCUCCAGACUUCUUGGGAGAGGGCCUUUCCGUGACGGAUGCAAGCACAUGGCGUCACAGAUACGCGCACGAUCUCGCUUUCGUGGGCCUGGACCACAGGAACUUGGCUUCGAUCGUGUGCGAUGAGGACGGUGCCUUGAUCUUCUCGACAGCUCAAGUGGCUCAGCUGGUGGAGAUCAACAACUACUUAGGACUUGAGAAGUUGUCCUUUGAGCUGCCCAAUUUCCAGCCUGGCAUGUUGCUGGCAUUUCUUUGCAUCCUUCUUUGGAACAUUUGCAUCUUUAGCGAGCUCCGGAGCUUGUCGUGGCAGCGAAUCGCGAUCAUGACACUUGUGUGUGUGGGGCGUGCAGUGGUAGCGGGUGCCCUGCUGAUCUCAGGCACCAUCUGGCUGGGCAACACAACAUCCAUUACGGAGCUCAUGUUGAAUGCGGUUGCCCUAGAGGCCGUUCUCCACAUUGAUGAGUUUAUAUGUCGGGCUCUGGUGCCCACCAACAUGCAGCAGAAGAUCAAGAGGCUGCCGCCAAUGCAAGUGAGGAGGAGCCGACGCUGGCCGAGUGUGGAAAAUGUUAUCCUUGCUUGUAUGCUCGCGGCUGCGCUUUUGGUCCCCUGGAUGACAGUGCUUGUGCCCCUCAGAGAGACAAUGCUCUCUGUGAAGAGAGAGAUGUGUGGAGGGGACAUUGAUUUUGUCAUCGCUGGGACGUCUGGCCAGAUGUACACCGCACUCUCUGUGAGCACAGGGGCACCACCCUCUGCAGAUGUAAUACAUGCUGAGACCGCAGUUCACGAAAUUCUUUCUGGCGAAGCCAGAAGGAAUGGGAGAGUGGAGUAUUCAAUCUGGGAGGGAGGGUCAUUUGGAUUGCUGGCCGCUCGCAGAAAUCAGGUAUACCCAGAUUUCAAGAAAGAGUUCUACGUUUGCCGUGAGAAUGACCGUGACAAUGACUUCACUGCAGUUUUGCAGGGUGUGGGCAUGCGGGUUGGCAAGCCAGGAGCAAAGACCUGCGAAGAGCUGGCCUAUUUCUGCAGUGAAGAAGCCCCUGAGUGGUUGUUCACGAUGGAAGCAAUUUGGCUUCGCAACUCUUGCCCCAGACAUUGCGGGUGCACUCAGCCACUGUCAUCUCCACUGCUGAAGACUCCUUGGUUUGGCUGCACAAGACAAUGCAUUCAAGAGUCCUAUGGCUUCAGCAUGUACGGAUUCAGUCCCCUUUUCGGAAAGCCGCCCAAUUUCACGACCGGCUGCAAGGACCAACUCCCUGGACCUUCUUGGCACCAUUUCUGGGACAACUAUUUCCCCAUGGUUGACCACUACCACGGCUCUGACUAUUUCGCCACAAGACUGAUCUAUCUUGAAUUUCGUGACUGGGCAAAGGCAGUUGGCUGUCCAGUUAUAGCCACACAGCCUCAAGAUUUGAUGGGCUCCUUGGUGUGCAGAGGUAGCUCACGCUACUUGCCCCUGGCAUGGUUUUGCCCGGAGACUUGCGGCUGUAGUGCAUCUGGCAACCUUGAGAGAGACCACUUUUGCUUCGCCUACGACUAUUGCCCGAUGCAUGUCAUGCCCAAUGAGACUGAGCAGGCCUGGCAGCUUAUCAGGAAGUAUGACUUGCUGCGGACGCUCAUGAAUCCAGAACUCUUGUUCAACGACGACGCGUGGAUGUAGCCUGUGAUGUACGAGCAGCUGGGCAAAGACCCUUUGCAGCUUCUGUUUUUGAAGAAUGUCCACGUUGUUUGAAAUGCAUGAAUUGCUUCAGUUUCGUUUAAGUAAAUGCCAAAGGCAAGGCCCAUCGUUUCUUUUGUGAACGCAGCAGAAAUAUUCGCAGACCUUUCAAAA